AAAGAUUUUUCUCCACGCUUACAGAUGGUCGUCAAGCUUAUUAUCGCUUACCCUUUUCAUGUCUUACACACUGUGCUCAUGUAUAAAUUCGACGAGCAUGUGUUGUUAACCUUUGUCAAGAUAGGGAAUGCCGGCGACUAUUCUGGUCAUGAAAUAGUUAUGUGGGACACAAUGGAUCCAACAUUUACAAGGGCUGAUGGUUUGUCGUCUCCUAAAGUUCUCCGAACCAAAGGAAGCGAUGGAAAAUGGUACAAACUCAUCUGGAAGAAUGAGGAUGUAAGGCAAGAUUGCCUUGUCGAGCAGCUGUUCUCCGUCGUCAGUGGAAUCAUGAAUCAUGACGAAACUUCAUCAUUUCUCCGCACGUAUAAGGUCGUUCCAUUAAAUUCCAAAUGCGGUAUAAUCGAGUUUUGUCAGGGAACUAUAUCACUGAGUGUGCAUUUCCAUCUUUCUUUUUAUAGUGUUAUAAAUAUGCCUGUUAAUCAAGCAUCUGCAACUUUUCGUCAGGCUUGCGCCCUAUUUAAGCCAGUAUUCAGGCAUUUCUUCUAUCAUCACUGUAGAACUGUUAAUCAAUGGACAAGUAUGAUUGACAACUAUAGGCGAAGCCUCGCUCAAUGGAGUAUAGCAACUUACGUAAUCGGUCUGGGUGAUCGCCACCUCAGUAACAUACUUUUCGAGAUAGAUACCUGCAAACUGGUACACAUUGAUCUCGGAAUGAUUUUCGAGUACAGCAAGAGAACAUUACCCAUUCCUGAGCGAGUGCCGUUCCGCCUUACUCGUGACCUACUCGAUCCAAUACUAAUUGAAGGUAUAGGUGGUCGUCUUCUUGAGGAAGCUGUCUAUGCAAUGAAAUUGUUAAGAGAAAAUAACUCUAAGGUUAUCCUCGGUUUGGCAUCGGUUCUACUGCGCGAAACAAUCUCAAACUUCGAAGAGGUUGAAUCUAAUAAUGGAGACCGUCCAUCAUUCGUCUCAGAAACAGCGAUUGCACGACUUCGUGAUAAGCUAAAUGGAACCGACGAUACUCUUGUUCAGCAAGAUGUGCUUCAUCAGGUGUUUUACUGUGUCUAUAUGAGCUUUCUUGGUUUGCUUCAAAUGUAUUUCUACCAAUGA